AUGCUGUCCGUCCUGCAGCACCUCUCGCACCGCAAGGUCGUGGUGCUUCACAGCCCCAGGAAGCUGGGACUCACCACCACGCUUACGGAGAUUGCGCGCUACGUUUCGGCACCUGGACGCCGGUUUGCUGGCAGCUGCGUCUUCGGAGGGCCCCGGCCCAUGCAGCGAGGGCUACUGAUAAUUGACGAUGCAGACAAUGCCUUGGCAGAGCACAGCGAUGUCUUAAAGCAGAACCUGGAGUCUGAUGGAUUCUUUUUGCUCCUUGGCUGCUCCAAGCCACAGUGGGAAUUGUUUAAUGACGUGGUGAAGGCGGUGCAUGUUGAGCUGCCGCCGCUUACCCUGCUGGAGUCAGCCACCCUCUUUUUGCAGCGCUGCCAUCGUCCACUGACCCUGGAAGAUGUGCUCUGCCCCAGCCCGGCGCCAGAUGGGCGAGUCAUUAAGAAGGAGGCCCUCCCCAAGGAGCGGGCCAAGCAACUUUUAAAGCCGAUGGUGUCAGUGUUUGAAGGCGACCCGCGCCUAAUUCGUCAGGCAGCGGGUAAAGUUACGCCCACGCGACCACCCUUGCACGGAGACCUGCAUAGCCUGAAGGCUGAGUGCACUGGUGCCCUGGACAGCCAGAAAGGAAAGCCUUUUUCUUCGUUUACGGUCUUGCUGCUGCCAUUCAGCAUGUGA